AUGAACGGACACUCCAAUUUUUCCAUCCUUGCUAAGGUUGAAGCCAGAUUGGCCAGUGCCACCGCCGGGACGCAAUUACUCAAGAUGUCCCGGUCACUUUUUGGAGAAGACUUCACGUCGGCACCGCUUCGAAACCCACCAAUAGAGACAGGAAUGACUGAUACGCUGAAAAGAUUGAACGACAUCGUUUUGAAGACCUCAGCGAUAUCGCAAGCUGAGUAUAUUCAGAUUCCGGACCUACUCAGACGUGUGAUGCAUUUGUUGCGCGUGUACUAUGACGCAAAGAUUAGCGGUCGCAAGCCCGCGGAAUUCAAGUAUUGCGAUGCUAGGGAUAUCCACGACGUCGGGCUGGAUCUGCAUCGCGCAGGCGUUUAUCUGCAGCUGUCGCCUGCGCGUCUUCGUGCGCUUUUCAGUGCUGCACCAGAUAUAGAAGCAUUCCUCCUCGACGAAGAGAUUGACAUCGGUCAAUGGCGGCUGGAGGCCCAGGAAGUCAGCGAUUCCGUCGAUGCAGACCCCGAGUCCGACGAUGACGAUAGAGAGCGGGUCAUGCAGCUGGAGGAUUCAUCAGGGUCGGAUUUAGCCGCAUAUCAUAUGGUCUACUUUGUGGCGGAUCUGCUGGUCGCGUUCGUGCUCAUACCCCCAGUGGACAUCACCGAAAGGAGGCGGGCUGAGCGGGCUAUGGGAAGACUGGUGCAGUACUCGACACUUCCGAUGUGGAGGAGAGCGCUCGGUGACCCCCUCACUGACACUCUGCGCCCAUUAUACGCAUCGAAAGAGUCUCUGGUUCGAUUUGCGCACGCUGGUGGUCUUCCCUCGCUAUAUGAUGAUUGGGCGCAGAGCUCAGCCAAGGACGGUUACUGCAAAAAAGCGGUAGAGAUGCUGCCAAGCAGGGCUUGGGAACACCAGACUGAGGCAUCCCUUAAGGGCGUCAUGUUAGGCCUCAUCCACAAGUUGGAAGCUGAUGGGGAAGACCUUGUGGCAACCCCGCUCUUCGCGCGCAUCAUACAUGAGAUCUACUCUCGGUACGGCCUCGAGCCAUUCGCGCGAGGAUCCACCCUCUCGCACAGCACCAUCCUCUUCCUCUUCCUGCAUCGCCGCAUCGCACGCAAGCCCGAUGCAUACCGCACGCAGUCUGCGCUGCUUGCACUCCUGAAGAAGUAUCAGAACGUCCCCCGGACCACGCGUAAGCGUCACGGGUGGAUAAGCCUUCCUGUCUCUGGCAGGUGGGACUGCCUGACCGGCUUGGAUUUUGGAUGCGCGAAUCUAACUUGCCCAGAAAAGGACGCCCUUGAGAAAUUGAAGGAGAAACGUGUGAGAGGUGUAAGGGAUCCUGAGGUAGAGGAUCAACUCUUCCGAUGGGGAGGUGCCAGUAAGGCUUGCAAAAGUUGCCUAUACGUGUCUUAUUGCUCAAGGACAUGCCAGAAGGCUGAUUGGAAGAGACAUAAGCCACAAUGCCAGCUGCACAGCGCAAAGGACCAGAGUCAGGUCGAGGUGGAAAUCUGA